GACAGCGUCAACAACAACGUCAAGUUCCUGCUAGACAGGAUUCUAGUUUACAUGACGUACCAGUAGUUCCUGAAACAAGAGAACGAUCAAGACAUGGUCAACAACAACAAGGUUCAAUUAGGCAGGAUGCUAGUUUACAUGAGGUACCAGAAGUWACUGAUGCUGAGACACCUAUACACCCUGGAGGGCCUCCCCCUUAUCACUCACUGGAAAGGCUUGAUAGGAUAGAGGAGCCACCACCUCCUACAUACGAAGAAGCUUUAAGAAAUUCUCAGGAAAUUGAGAUUACUGUGUAGAGGAUUAUAUAUUCUUGGAUACAUGUGAGAGCACCCUCUGUACAUMUGAGUAGUCUAGAGAGAUGGUCUCCUAUGGAGAGGAGGUUGGAUAUUUAAGGGGGAUGAUUUGUUCCUUUUGUGGACUUGCUUUAUAAAUUAACACUCGAUGCACUUAAAACAGUUAUAUUUCUUAUAUAACUUGGCUAUGUUAUAAGUAACGAUAAACUGGGAAAACUUCAAAAGUACUUCAAACUUCAAAGUUGCAGAUAGACAAGGGUAAUAGUAGUUCUGACUGCAUGCAUCCAAGGAAAGAGUCAAAUUUGGCAAUAGCAUUUGCUACAAACAUUGGUGUAUUGAUGAAAAUAGACCAUUUUCAUAAUUUGUUGACCGAAGACAUUCAAUAUAAUUUAUAAUAACGAUAAGUCAGUCAAAAUUGUAUGUAAGCAUACACCUUUCAUAAGACAUAGUAAACAUAAAAAGUGCACCCUUUCCCCUCACCCCCCCCCCCCCCCCCCCCCCCCCAAAAAAAAAAAAAAAAAAAACUAUUGCUCUAUUUUGCUGUUAUUUGGUGAUACAAAUUACUGCUUAACUAAUGAGCAAAUAAAAUGGAACCAUAGCCAUAUACCAACAAAAGCAAAAUGAAGAGGAGAGUGAACUCAGGCCUCUGAAAUCUGAGUAAUUAGUGUGCAUACAUCYUUUUUUGUGAUGAUGGUGUUGUAAAUGUUGAUAUGAUAUUUUCUGAAUUCAAUGGUCAAGCAAUGGCAUCACUGCAAGGUGUGCAUUACAUAUUGUGACAAUGUUGUUUAUAGUUUGUGUCUUGACCAUGCAACAUCAUAUAUAAUACAAAAUCUUUUUUAAUUCUUUUUAACAGUUUUAAUAAAUAAUUUGAGAUCUUUUAACUUUUGUGUAAACAUGGUUGAUUCAUCUGUAUUUUUAGAGUGCUUUUAUUUCUCAUCAAGUAUUCAAUAUAGUAAUUACAUUAGUGCAUAAAUUCCUUUAAAGGGCUUAGAGCUCCCUAUUAUUGUUUUAUUAAUUGUCUAUAGAUAGUGAGAUUUACAACUGUAUGCAUUUAUAGACAAAUAAACUUUCUGCUAUUAUUAUCAUGAUCAUUAUUAAUUUCAA